AACGCAUUGCUUUGCUUGCUCUUCUUGUGCCUCUCUGCUCCACCUCGAUUACGCCGCCUUCCUUCUCCAACAGUAAACAUGUCUACUAUCGGACUUCCUACGACCUGUAUGGUAAAAACUGCUCCUCAGACCCUAAGAAAGAGCGUCUUCAUCAAGAGCCCAGCGUCUCUGGGAUCUGUAAGGAGCAUUUCUAAGGGAUUUGGAUUGAAAGCUAGCUCUGGCUUUAGAGCAUCAGCAGUUUACAAGGUCAAGUUGGUUUGUCCAGAGGGUGUUGAGCAUGAAUUCGAGGCAACUUCAGAUACUUACAUACUCGAUGCAGCUGAAAAUGCUGGAGUGGAACUCCCUUAUUCUUGCAGGGCAGGUGCAUGCUCAACAUGCGCUGGGAAGAUUGUAUCAGGGUCUGUUGAUCAAUCUGAUGGAUCUUUUCUGGAUGAUAAUCAAAUGGAGGAGGGCUAUGUGCUCACAUGUGUUUCUUACCCAACCUCAGAUUGUGUGAUUCAUACUCACAAGGAAUCUGAUCUUUACUAGUUAUUCAUAUCUCAAAUUAUGUGUAUGUUCUUGUUUGAGUUGAAGCAGUUGGAAAAUUGUUCUGUUCUUGAGAAUGGUGGUCAGGUGUAGGGUUCAAUCAGGAACCUAUUGUGUUUGAAUGAUGUUCGUGUAAUGAAUGGUUAUUAUGUUUCACUUUGUAAAAAUGUUAUC